UCGUGAAUGUACACAUAGUCGGAUCGGUGUUUGUUGUUUUGAUUCAGCUCCGCCAUGUCUAGAUAUCUAAAGUGAAAAAAUUGAUAGCGUUCCAGAAAAGCUUUUUAGGAAUUUAUAUGAGCAUUCCUCAGUGCGCCAAAGGACCGCAUACAAUGGCAAUAAGCAAACAAUACGUGCUAAUUAUCAAUCUGAGGAAAAGCUUUUUAAUAGACUACUUAUAAGGUUUUGUUCCGGCCUUAUUCGAGCAGAAAAGGAGCAAGUUUUUGGUUUAAUAUUAUUGCAUUUUCAAAUUUAUUUCGUCUCACACUGUGAGAACUUAAAUCGUGCAAGUGUACUGUUUACGAGGGCAAUUCCUGAUUCCUGAGCUUUGAAUGAAUCCCGUGAUCCAGAUCGAGCCGAGUGAAAAUCCUACCGAUAUCACAUACGCUUCUAGUCCACGACGACGCAGAAGGGCCAAGACAACGGUCUCAAUUACAUAAUCAUGCUUGGUGGCCUCAUUGCAUAAAUAUGGAGGAAUAACUAUUUCCAAACAAGCCUUCUCGUCGACGUACACACACUCAUACCACGGCUGCCAUAGUGGAAAGCGUGCAAUAGUGCAACAACUAUCACCCGAAGCACCGUCCGUUUCAGCGCACCAAACAAUCUGUGCGUAUCCUGUCUUUGUAAGCGGAAAGCGACCCCAAUUCGCUGAGUCGUUGCACUUUUCAGCUUCACUCUGGUCGAUAUCAGUGGACUGGCGUUGUUGGGAUCGUGAAGAUAUUAUACGUACGCUGAAAAUCCAUUUCAAUCUACAGCAGAUCCUUUAAGCCGACAAAGUCGUUCCGGAAAUUGGUGGUGGUGGCAGUAAUAGCAGCACCACGGCAGGCACCAUGCAGCAGACUACCCGGACCGAGAUGCGUCCGGUGAAGUACCACUACGCGGACUCAUUCUGGUGUACUUAUUUGAUUUCGGUGUUUGCGGCCAGUAUUGCCGAAACGGUGACAUACCCGCUGGAUUUGACAAAAACUCGACUACAGAUUCAAGGCGAAUCAGCGGCCGUGGCGGCUGGUGCGAUUAAGAAGGUAAAAUAUCGUGGUAUGCUAGCCACCGCCAGCGGUAUCGUUCGCGAGGAAGGAGCUAUGAAGUUGUGGCAGGGCGUAACACCGGCUCUAUAUCGCCACUUGGUUUACAGUGGAGUCCGCAUCGUGACGUACGAUAAUCUGAGAAAGAAACUUCGCAACAAUAACAACGAUUUUGUGCUGUGGAAAUCUGCACUGGCUGGUGUCGGAGCCGGUGCUUUGGCACAGUGGUUGGCCUCGCCGGCCGAUUUGGUCAAAGUUCACAUCCAGAUGGAAGGCAAGCGGCGCUUGCUGGGGUUAGAACCUAGAGUGCACGGGGCAGCUCACGCAUUCCGCGAAAUUGUAAGUCGCGGUGGGAUUGCCGGUCUGUGGAAGGGCAGCGUUCCGAAUGUGCAGCGUGCAGCACUGGUUAAUUUGGGGGAUCUAACUACCUACGAUACGGUCAAACGCUUCGUAAUGAAAAGGUCAGGUUUGCCCGAUUGUCAUCUGGUGCAUAUUAUCUCUUCGAUUUGCGCCGGAUUGGUUGCCGCUACUAUGGGUACACCCGCAGAUGUGGUCAAGACUAGAGUCAUGAAUCAACCCACCGAUUUAGAGGGAAGAGGACUUUUGUACAAAGGAUCCCUAGACUGCCUCCAGCAAACAAUAGCCAAGGAAGGUUUCUUUGCACUGUAUAAGGGAUUUCUACCUGUAUGGAUCCGCAUGGCUCCAUGGUCACUGACGUUCUGGCUUUCUUUUGAACAAAUUCGCACUAGUCUUGGUGCUGGCGGAUACUAAGAUGUUACCGGUGAUCGCCAGCCUUUUCACAAUGUUGAAAAUGUGGAGAACUUUAGCUACCAAGUUCAAAGUUUACAUGCUAGACCACAGGUGCAAUAGAAGGCACAAAUAUACAAUUCGAUAGCACAAUAGCAGACAGUAGACUCACAUUUGUAAGAUAUUUUCUCUCGGCACAGAAACAUUACACAAACGAAGAGUGCCAUCUAAACUUGCGUUACAGGCUACUGUUUAUUUGAUUACAAAAUAUUAUGUUCUUUCUUCAACAGCUUAAGGAUCUUUUUUACUCAAUUGCAUAGUCUAAAACAUAUCAUUUUCUAGGUAUUCUCUGCUUGUUCUGAACCGUGUGUUGAAGAAAGACUAUAAUUUUGAUCUGUGAUUUAGUCUAUAGCAUCUACUAGUAUUUAAGUAUACAGCCAAUUUCUAUAGGCUAAAUAUGAUGUCGAACAGUGCGGUCCGAGGUAGCAACCAUUCAAAACUUAUCGAAGUCAGUCAACGGGAACAGGUAACGUCAAAACCAUUCAUGCUGUGGCAUACAGUUCUUAAGUAAGCAUUCAUUGUCAGACGUAAUUCCUCAGGAAGGUUAAUAUUCACCAUUAAUAUCUAUCUGUGCUUAAUCUAAUGCAUGCCACUUAAACUCGAUAAAAUGUUCUGUUAUUUAAGAUAGUGGUAUUUUAUUUUGCUAGGCCUUAGUCUUUGUACCCCAGCAUCGUUUUCUACGUGUGAAAUAUUCUAAUUGAUUGAAUUAAAUUGAAGCCAAAUUUUUCACAAGUGCAAAACAGAUCAGGCCGCCUUGAAUUAAACUAGCAACCCUAAUCCAUACUUAAAAAUAACCAACUUGAGACAAUACCAAACAUCAGCAAACCAUAAUCAAAGAACCUUAUUUUGUAUUUGCACUAUUAUUUUCAAAGUUAUUAUAAUUAUAGUGUUCGCCAAAAAUACCCCUACCACUGACUGGUACAGUACUGUGCCGCACAGUGAAUAAGUACAGAACUGUAAGUAAUACCCCGCCCAACCUCCUAAGCUAGAUAUACAUUUGAAUAACGGUUGAAUAAUUGGAACAUAAUCCAAGGAGUCUCACACCUACAACGGAGCAAAGAAACUUGCCUUGCAGAGAUACGAAAUAAAAUAAUGAACUGACUUGAA